ACGCCGUGCGGCAGCAGAAACACAUUCUGCCCUUCACUACUCCUCGCCUUUCUGUCGCAGAAGUUGGUUUUAAUGUGAUUACAUCGAUAUUUCUACACUAACUAGUAUCAGCAGCUCCUCUGGAGAGCCGCUGCCGGCCCAACUACAGGCAGGACGGAGACCCGGACAGAUUUCCGGGCUGAGGAUGCCGCUGCUGGUGACAGACUACUGCUGGACACAGACGGACUCCUCGGUCUGCAUCAGUGUGCCUCUGAAGGGAGCGACAGCUGGCAAAGUGAACAUCUUGUCUACGGACGAAUACCUCAAGGUGCAUUACCCGCCGUAUCUGUUCGAAGCCUUCCUGUAUGAACCUGUCGAUGACGACAGAAGCACAGCGAAGGUUGGAAAUGGAGCUGCACUCAUUAGUUUGCCAAAGAGGACCAAUAAAUUGUGGGAGCAUCUGAUGAGAACUACAAAUGAUAAAGAAAAAAAGGAGGUCAGAGAAAGGGCUCUGUUGAAAUACCAGGAAAAGAUUUCUUCAGAGUCCCAAUUCAAGGCGAAGAAAGAGCAAGCAGAGAAAAAAUAUGCACUGGAGACAAUGAUGAAGCUUGAAAAGGAGAAAAGCGACGGUAUCCAGAAAAUGAAGGACAAUGAGCAAGAGAAAACCACAGCAGAGUUGGCAGCAUGGCGAGUGAGACAGAAACAAAAAGCAGAGGAAGAAUCCCAACUAAAACUCCAAAGUCAGAGAGACGAUCAAAACAAUCUGAAAGCCGUGACGGAGAAGCAGGAAAAUGGAUGUAAAGAUGGAGGGAAUGUCAAACUGGAACAACGAGGCAACGGUGAAGCAAAGAGCAAGAGAAAACAAGCGGACUUGCCUGCUCCGAGACUCGUUGGAAACAUUCAAAUCACAUUUACCCCACGAGUUUUCCCAACAGCCCUCAGGGAAUCACGAGUUCCAGAGGAGGAAGAGUGGCUCAAAAAACAAGCUGAAGCCAGGCGUGCAGUAAAUGCAGAUGGUGAGGAGUUGAAGGACCUGAUGGAGAACGAGAGGAACCCUGACUGGUUAAAGGACAAAGGAGACAAAUGCUUUGCGAUCGGGGACUACCUUGGGGCAGUGAAUGCCUACAACCUCGCUAUCAAGCUCAACAGAAAGAUCCCAGCUCUGUAUUCAAACAGGGCUGCUUGUCAUCUGAAGUUAAAAAAUCUUCACAAGGCCAUUGAGGAUUCCUCUCAGGCACUUGAUUUGUUGACUCCACCAGUUGCUGCCAAUGCAGCUGCCAGAGCCAGAGCCAAUGUCCGCCGAGGAUCUGCUUUCUGCCAGCUACAGCUCUAUGCAGAAGGGCUACAAGACUACCAAGCUGCUCUCAAGAUUGACCCUCACAAUGAAGCGCUGCAGGCAGACACACAGAGAAUCAGAGACAUUAUUCAAGGCACUGCAGCUAACCCUGAGACACAGUGAAACACAGAAAAUGUACGGUACAUAUAAUGUAUAAUGUAUGUAUAUAAUGUGGCUGUUUAUUGUUUGUGUUAUUCGUCUGUUACCCAGUGUUUUAAUAAAUGACAACAGAGAAUUAAA